CCGACAGAAACACCACAACUUGCUCGUGGGGUGGUGCGAUUUGGGAAGGCAUUACUGGAAGAUGACAGAGUGAUAUUUAAAUUGCUUCAAGACUGACAACAUGGACCGUCAGACCAGCGUCAGCUUUAUCUGCCAACGAUGCUCCAUGCCUGUCAGGCUGGAUGACACCCUGCUCAACAUCAAUGAACACACACUAGCAGAACUCUCCUUGCCCAUCUACCCGGCCACGGAGGCCGACCUGGAAUCGGUGGCCGCCUCAUUCGACAAGUAUGUGCCGCCGCCGCGCUGGGCGGAGAGCGGCCAGCCGUCAUCCGGUACCGACUCCACCGGCUUCACGGUGCUCUCCGACCCGGGCGUCAUGCCGGCCGGCCACCUAUCACACAAGGUCAAGAUGGCCGCCAAGCUGUUCGACAUGCUGUCCACCAGCACCGAGGUGGACCACCCGAUGUGCGAGGAGUGCGCUGACCUGGUGACCGAGGGGCUGGAGCUGGAGCUGGCCGGCGUGCGCCAGGAGUCGGCGCUCUACCGCGACUUCGUGCAGCAGCUGCGCCGCGAGCCGCCGAUCGACGCCGAUGUCGACGCUUUGGAUACAGAGCUCGAGCAGCUGGCAGGCGAGGAGCAGCAGCUGCUGGAGGAGCUGCGGACACUGAAGCUGGAGGAGAGCCAGCUGCAAGAGCAGCUGCAACAGGAGGAGCAGGAGAAGGAGCGACUGGAGCAGGAGGAGGAGCGCUUCUGGAGAGAGUUCUGCAACUAUCGAAAGCAGCUGAUCGUAGCGGACGAGGACUACCGCAGCCUUUCCAGUCGAUUGGACUACACCACAAGCCAACUUGAGAAACUAAAGAAGACCAAUGUCUUCAACGCCACCUUCCACAUCUGGCACAGUGGCCACUUUGGCACCAUCAACAAUUUCCGGCUGGGACGUCUGCCGAGCGUGCCCGUGGACUGGUGGGAGAUCAACGCCGCCUGGGGCCAGACGGCUCUGCUGCUCACCGCCCUGGCCAGGAAGAUCGGUCUGCAGUUCUCCAAGUACAAGAUCGUGCCGUUCGGCAACCACUCGUACAUCCAGGUUCUGUCUGACGGUCGGGAACUACCGCUCUACGGCGCCGGCGGCUUCAAGUUCAUAUGGAACCCAAAGUUCGACGCCGCCAUGGUUGCCUUCCUCGAGUGUCUUCAGGAGCUGCAGGAGAAGAUCGAGUCCGGCGAUGCGAAGUUCCGACUGCCGUACAAGGUUUCCAAGGGGAAAAUCGAGGACCCGCAGGCGGGCACCGCUUACUCUGUCAAGAUUCAGCUGAACUCGGAGGAGCACUGGACCAAGGCGCUCAAGUACAUGCUGACCAACCUGAAGUGGGGUAUCGCGUGGGUGUGCGCCGACACGACGCUGGGUGAUCUGGCGCCGUCGGUUGUCAUGGACCCGACCGGCUAGACGUGCCCCCCCCCUCCCCCCCCCCCCCCCCCGUCGUGGGCGGUCGAGGCCUGGCGCGGUCUCUGCGGCGCGAUCGCAGGGCCGUGCGGACGGCGUGGGCGGUGACGAGCUCGGGCUCACGGACGGUCGUGACCGCGACGGGCGGAGUCGUGACGGCUGCGGCGGGCGGCCGGCGGCGCUCGUGAGGCGGCCGGCCCCGCAGCGCCCUGACGUGGUGGGUCAGCGGCGGAUGCAGCAGCGGGCACCGCUUGUCCGCCGAGCUGACGAGGGCCCAGCGCCCCCCCCCCCCCCCCCCUCCCCCCGCGAGCGCUGUGAGACACGGAUAGGGGCGAUACGUGAGCCGGCAGCCGCCGAAACGGCGGAAGCAGGGCGGGAGUCCGUCUCGCGCAUUCAUUUGACGACGGUGUGGUCCGGAUGUCAGUGGUCUGAUUUCGUGCUUCAUGCUCUGCUGCUUUGUUUAGUGUUUAAUGUACAGUUGUUGAAUAUGUACGGUAUGUGCAUAUUUUGCCCAUACAUUGUCUCCAAUGUGAUUUGGGUAUGUUGGUAUGUAUGACAUGGGUAUGUAUUUCUCCAAUGGGUACGGUAUGUGCAUAUUUUGCCCAUACAUUGUCUCCAAUGUGAUGAAAGAGCUCAUCGCAUUAUACGCAAUACAUGCUGAUGACUUGGUCGGACA